CUGGUGAAAUUUACCCUGGAAAAAUAACGCUGAGACUCCAUGCGCUAAAGACGCACCGCAUUAUCCUGAUAAAUGACAGCAAGGACACUUGCGCGUGGUUGAACAGGACUUGGUGUCUCAUGGCGAUGUUUUCGAGCCAAAUGUCGUCCACUCCUUUCUCAGUGCGGGACAUUUUAAACCUGGAACACAACCACGAAGACAUGGUGUCGCUGGAUAUGUCGCUUCCCACUUCAUCCUGCAUGAUGUUCAAACCUGAGCCGUUCGUGGACGCCGUGAACGGAGCCGCGCUCUUCGCUCCUGGUGACGAACAGGACGCUAAAGUUGACAGGGGCACGUCUCUUGACUUUAGUCCUGCCUUUUAUGGCAAGAGUUUCUUAGAAAUGGAUCUAGCCAAAGACGUAAAGUCGGACAUGCUUGAUGCCAAAGAGAAAAAAGAAAAGGUGCGCUCACCCGAAGAGCGACAGAAACCAGAUGAGGCAGACCGGCCCGGGCAGCGGAAGCGGCGAAAGCCGCGCGUGCUCUUCUCGCAGGCGCAGGUGUACGAGCUCGAGCGGCGCUUUAAGCAGCAGAAGUACUUGUCGGCGCCCGAGCGGGAUCACCUGGCGCACGUGCUCAAACUGACGUCCACGCAGGUGAAGAUCUGGUUCCAGAACAGGCGGUACAAAUGCAAGCGGCAGCGCCAGGACCAGACGCUCGAGAUGGUGGGCGCGGGCCCGCCGAGGCGCGUGUCCGUGCCCGUGCUCGUGCGCGACGGCAAGCGCUGUCUGGGAGACGCCGGCUCCGCGUACAGCGCGUCUUACAACAUGGGCAUCAACCAUUUCCCGUAUAACGCCUACCACAGUUUCGGCAACGUGAAUUUUCCGAGCUCUGGCAACACGAACUACACGUGCAACUACUCGGCGAGCGCAAACGUGCCUCCUGCGUCACCGUCCGGCGGUAAUUAUGUCAAUUUUGGAGUUGGCGAUCUGAAUAACGUGCAGGCGCCGUUUCAGGCCAGCGGCGGAGUUUCCUCGUUACACGGCAUUCGGGCCUGGUGAAGAAUGCCGACUACUCCGGACAUGAUGCACAGAGGUUUUUAUUAUUUUAGACAACACUGCCAGCACGAAUGGUUACAAGCACAGAUUUCUUAUCCCGCUUCAGGAGAAAUUAGUAUACAUUAAGCUUUUUGGGUAAAUACAGUUCCGAUGAUGUGAACUUUCAAGCUAAUCCAUUGAACAAUACCGGACCUUAGGUCAAUUUGGUUCAAUGCAUUAACAUAAAUGAAGAAAAAAACACAAUAUAGCCCAUAUAUUUUAAUUUAUUGUUUUUUAUUAAUCUGUAAUGGAUCCACAUUUCUUUUGGAGUUUGUAGAGCUCUCACGCUUUUUAUGCGCACAUCGAGUUUGGAUCACUUCUCUGGUUCUCGGGUGUUCCUCUGCUUUAAAUUAUACAUUACAAUUAAUAAAGGCACCAGACAAAUAUCCACUUAUAGCUGAGUUGGGACAAUCAUGAGGAUGGUUUUGCAUAAUAUUUUUCACCCUUGGGGAGUUGUAUGUGCUUUUAAAUAAACUGUAAAAGCUAUACAAUAUAAAAGGUUAUAAGUUUAACUAUAGAGCAAAACUUUCAAAGUUCAUAAGUGGUCCUUAAAGGCACGGUUCAUGUUUUUCCCCCCGAUAUAUUUCAUCAAAAUUGAGCUGCAUGUAAGUUACAUUACCAUAGGCCUUUGUUGCUAUAAAUUUUCCCGCUCUGCACAUCGACUGUGAGUUCUCGAGAACAAUUUAUAAUGACCAAGACCUCAAUUUUUAUUAAGACAGACUUGAAAAAAAAAUCCGAACUGUCUCUUUAUUUAUAACUUAAAUACUUUUUGAAGGUUUUCAGAAGACACUAAAGAUGCACAACAUGUCCAUUUGAUGGUA